AUGUCCCAAGGUACUUUCUACACCAUUGCCAGCCCUAGAUCCAACUCUGUCAAAGCUGUUAUCAACUACUUGAACCUUGAUGUCAAGGUUGAAGACAUUGCUGCCCUUUCAAACUAUGCUGAAUUAUUUCCAUUGAAGCAAUCUCCAGCUUUCAUCGGUCCAAAGGGUUUGAAAUUAACCGAAACCCCAGCUAUCUUAAACUAUUUAGUUAGUUUAUCCGAUGACGAAAAGGCCAAGGCUGCUUUAAUCGGUUCUACUGAAAUUGAAAAAGUUCAAGUCACUAGAUGGGUUUCUUUAGCUAACACAACUUUAAUUUCUUCUGUUGCUACCCCAGUCUUAUCCAUUCUAGGUGCUAGACCAUACAACAAGAAGCAAUCCGAUGCUGCUUUAGAAAAAGUCGAUAUCAUUGCCAGUAUCUACGAAGCUAGAUUAAAGGAAUACACUUACUUAGCUUCCGAAAAAAUUUCUUUAGCUGAUCUUCAUUCCGCUGGUAUCUGGGCUUGGGCUUUAAAUACCAUUUGUGGUCCUGAAUUCAGAUCUAAAUACCCAGCUUUCAUCAGAUGGUUCAAGACCGUUAUUGCUUCCCCAGCCAUGAAAUCUGCCCUUGGUGAUUUCGAAUUCGCUGAAAAGGCUUUAACUUACACUCCACCAAAGAAGGAAAAGAAGGCUGAAAAGCCAAAGGCUCAAGAAAAGCCAAAAGCUCAAGAAAAACCACAGGAAGAAGCUCAACCAGCUGAAAAGAAACCAAAACAUCCUUUAGAAGCCUUAGGUAAAUCUACUUUCAUUCUUGAUGAAUGGAAGAGAAAGUACUCUAACGAAGACACUAGACCUGUCGCUUUACCAUGGUUCUGGGAACACUACAACCCAGAAGAAUACUCCUUAUGGAAGGUUGAAUACAAAUACAAUGAUGAAUUGACCUUAACUUUCAUGUCCAACAACUUAGUCGGCGGUUUCUUCAACAGAUUAUCUGGUUCUACCAAGUACAUGUUCGGUUCUGCUGUUGUUUACGGUGAAAACAACAACAACGGUAUCAUCGGUGCCUUCUUAGUCAGAGGUCAAGAACACACCCCAGCCUUCGACGUCGCUCCAGAUUGGGAAUCUUACUCUUACACCAAGUUAGACCCAGCCAACGAAGAAGACAAGGAAUUCGUCAACAACAUGUGGGCUUGGGAUAAGCCAGUCGUUGUCAACGGCGAAAACAAGGAAAUUGUCGACGGUAAGGUCUUAAAAUAG